AUGGAUCUUAACGAAGUGCAAAAUGCUACAGCGCGCUUCUUCAACGAUGCUAAUGCGCAAUUCAAUCGCAUACCGGGUUCUGCCAUCGCCGUGAGGUACAUCAAGUCGAGUUACCAGAACGACCCGGUUCGCAGCGCAAUAGAGUUAUUCUUGUUCCUCUUCGCCGUGAGGUACCUGCUUGCACCCAAGUACAGUACACAGAAGAAAGUACAGCUUACGGAUGCGGAGAUUGACGAGUUGGUCGAAGACUGGACGCCGGAACCGCUGGUAGCACCCACGACUGCGCUCGAGGAACUUGAAAACGAGAAGCGACCGGUUAUUGUUGGACCUACCGGCCCCAAGUCGAAGCUCUCCAACGGCCGCACCGUGACCAACCUCGCCUCGUACAACUUCUACAACUUCCUUUCAAGCGAUGUCCUCAAGGACAAGGCCAUUCAGACGUUGCGCACUUAUGGCGUUGGCCCCUGCGGUCCCCCCGGGUUCUACGGCACCCAGGACGUCCACAUGAAGACGGAAGCCGACGUGGCCGCCCACCUCGGUGUUUCCGCCUGCAUCAUCUAUGCCCAAUCCUUCUCGACUAUCAGCAGUGUCAUUCCCAGUUUCAGCAAGCGUGGAGACAUCAUCGUUGCGGAUCGCGCGCUCAACUUUGCAGCGAGGAAGGGCAUACAAAUCAGCCGCAGUACCGUCCGAUGGUUUGAGCACAAUGACAUGGAAGACCUGGAAAACGUGCUCAAGAAAGUCGUCAAGGAGCAGGCUAAGAAGCCGCUAACUAGGCGCUUUAUCAUCACCGAGGGCUUGUUUGAAAACAUUGGCGACGUAGUCAAUCUGCCAAAGCUGAUCGAACUCAAGCUAAAGUACAAGUUCCGCCUUAUUCUCGACGAAACAUGGUCCUACGGCGUCCUCGGCCGCACCGGCGGCGGUGUCACCGAAGCCCAAAACGUGGACGCCUCGGAAGUAGACAUGAUCAUUGGCUCCCUCUCCGGGCCUCUCUGCGCCGCAGGCGGAUUCUGCGCCGGCAAUGAAGAAGUUGUAGAACAUCAGCGCAUCUCCUCAGCCUCGUACACGUACUCUGCUGCUCUCCCCGCCUUGCUGAGCACCACGGCCAGUGAAACAAUCAGCAUGUUGCAAGAACAACCCGACCUCCUGACUGGACUACGCGAGAAUGUCAAGGCAAUGCGCGCACAGCUUGACCCGAGGAGCGACUGGGUACGCUGCAGCAGUUCGUCCGAUAAUCCUAUGAUGCUUCUGGUCUUCAAGGAUGAGGUUAUCAAGGCGAAGAAACUUUCGCUUGAGGAUCAGAAUCAAAUAUUCCGGGAUGUUGUUGAUGAAUGUCUCGCAAACGGCGUCCUCAUCACACGCCUCAAGUCGUUCCCAAUCGGCCUCGGCCUCAACCCCCGAGAUGCCGGUUGGCAGCCUACUCCCGCGCUCAAGGUUUGCGUUACGAGCGGGCUGACCAAGAAGGAGACCGAGAAGGCGGGUAUUGUGAUAAGACAUGCAAUUACCAAGAUCAUUAGCAAGCGCAAGUAG